UUUACAAAGCAUUUUCAUCUUCAUUCUCUAAUUCCAAAUGAUAGUAAUGAAUAUUUUUCAACUGAUAAAAUUUGGAUUAUAUCUGUUAAAGAAAUGUAUGAUUUUUGUAUUAAAUAUGAUCUUAGAAAUAUUUGGGCAUAUAUAUGGAUGAACUGGUAUCAAAAAGACCAUUGGAUUUUAUGGGCUCGUGCUAUACAUGCCACCCAAAUUAUUUUGGACUGCCGUAAUUAUAAGUAA